AUGCCAGAACGAUUGCGACAGCUUUUUGUUGACAUUUGUCUGUUUUGCAAUCCUACGGAUGCUCUUUAUCUCUUUGAGCGAUCUUUGCCUCAGCUAAUGGAAGAUUUUAUUCGUAAUGGUCACGACGCCGAAAUAGCAAAAAACUUGACUUUGAAAUUUAUUCAAGACAAGCUACUUCUCAACAAUCAAACGAUGGAAAAUCUCUCAUUGCCUGUUCCUGAUUUUCAGCUUAUUCAUCGUCUUAUCGCGGCUCAACUCGAAGAAAAUGCUGAAAUUACUAUGAGAGAGAAGAGAAGAUUAGGUGAAUUGAUGGUUAGUCAGUUGAACGAAGGUCAACGGGCUGCCUUCGAUCAAGUCAUGGCUGCCGUCAACGAUACUGAAAAUGCAAUUCCGCAUCAGUAUUUCUUGGAUGGCCCUGGAGGAACGGGGAAGACGUUCCUGUACAACACUCUCAUCACCGUACUGCAGGGACAAGGGAAAACAGUGAUCGCCGUUGCGUCUACCGGCAUCGCUUCUACGUUGUUGAUUGACGGCACAACGUAUCAUUCCCAAUUCAAGAUUUACCCUCCAAUCACUGAAGCGACCAGAUCAAAAAUCGAAGAUGGUAGCUUCCUCGCUCAUUUGAUCAGAAGUGCAGUUCUCAUCAUUUCUGACGAAGCCACCAUGAAGACAAAUCACGCCCUUAGUGCUUUCAAUUUCCUGUUCCAAAAGUUGCACAAGAACAAUAUUCCUCACGGUGGUAAAGUGCUCCUUCUUGGUGGCGAUUUUCGUCAGUGUUUACCGGUCGUCCGACACGGAAACAGGGUGACAGUGCUGGAAGUCACUAUCCGAAACAAUGACACUUGGCCUCAGUUUCAACAACUUCGUCUGACUCAAAAUAUGCGUACCGUGGCCGGCAGUCAAGACUACGCCGAUUGGCUCAUUCAGCUUGGAAACGGAACUCUACCGACGCAUCCAAAAUUGAACAUCCCCGAUAUGAUUGAAAUUCCUAAAGAAUUUUUCAAUUAUAACCGGAGUUUAGUCGAGCACGUCUUUGGUGAUCCUGCUCAACUGUUAGAUCCUGUCGUAUCUAAACAAAUAUGCAGUCGCGCUAUUCUUUGUCCGAAAAACGGCGAUUGCUUACGAAUCAACAAUCAGAUCAUCAAAGACAUGCCCGGUACGCUUCAUGAGUACAGAAGCAUCGAUACCAUCGACUCUGACGACCCUGAAGAAAUUUCAAAUUACCCAACCGAAGUUCUCAACUCCUUUGACGUCUCCGGAAUUCCCACCCAUUUGCUGAAAAUGAAAGUGGGAGCCGUCAUCAUUCUUCUGAAGAAUAUCGAUUCGCGUCAGGGACUUUGCAAUGGGACCCGGCUCAUCAUCAGGGCGCUUAGAGAAAAUCUGAUCGUUGCAGAAAUUGCUGCUGGAAAAAACAAGGGGCACAUCGUCUACAUCCCGCGGAUGAUGAUGUCCCCAACUGAUUCGGAUCUUCCAGUCAUCCUCAAGAGGCUCCAGUUUCCCGUUUUGUUGGCGUUUGCGAUGACCAUCACAAAGUCACAGGGCCAAACGUUUGAUCGGGUCGGAAUAUUACUUCCAGAACCCGUCUUCAGUCAUGGCCAGCUGUAUGUGGCCUUCUCCAGAGCUACAUCGAAAGACGGAGUCCGAGUCGAGAUUGCUGAGUCUGGGAAACAAGGCAAGCUUCUCAAAAAUCAUCCGACAGCCACCGAAGAAGAAAAGAAAAAGGUGUUUACUUUAAAUGUUGUCUUUAAAGAAGUUUUAUUGUAA